AUGAAGUUGAACAUUUCCUACCCAGCCAACGGUACUCAAAAGAGUAUUGAUAUCGAUGACGAACACAAGUUGCGUGUCUUUUACGAAAAGAGAAUGGGCCAAGAAGUUGAAGGUGAUUCAGUUGGUGAUGAAUUCAAAGGAUACAUUUUCAAAAUCACUGGUGGUAACGAUAAACAAGGUUUCCCAAUGAAGCAAGGUGUCAUGCACCCAACCAGAGUUAGAUUAUUGUUGUCUGAUGGUCACUCUUGUUAUAGACCAAGAAGAACUGGUGAACGUAAGAGAAAAUCAGUUAGAGGAUGUAUUGUUGCUCAAGAUUUAUCCGUGUUGGCUUUGGCUAUUGUUAAACAAGGUGACAAUGAUAUUGAAGGUUUAACCGAUACCACUGUCCCAAAGAGAUUGGGUCCAAAGAGAGCUAACCACAUUAGAAAAUUUUUCGGUUUGACCAAGGAAGAUGAUGUCAGAGAUUACGUUGUUAGAAGAGAAGUUACUAAAGGUGACAAGACUUAUACCAAGGCUCCAAAGAUUCAAAGAUUGGUUACUCCACAAACUUUACAAAGAAAGAGAGCUUUGAAGGCUAAAAAGGUUAAGAAUGCUCAACACCAAAGAGAUGCUGCUGCCGAGUAUGCUCAAUUGUUGGCCAAGAGAUUGCAUGAAAGAAAGGAAGAAAAAGUUCAAAUUAAGAAGAAGAGAGCUGAAUCUUUGAAAAACUAG